AUGAGCAAUGCCAAUCGACCCUUACUGACGUUGAACCAGGAGUUGAAUUUCCUAAUGAUUCAAGCAAUCCACGUACUGCGAUUCCAUCUUCUGGAGAUUGAAAAGGUGCAUGAAUUGUGCGACAACUUUUGCACCCGUUACAUCGCCUGCCUCAAGAGCAAAAUCCCCAUCGACUUGGUGAUUGAGGAUCGAGAAUCUGGAGGUUCCACGGGUUCAGCGGCUGGUAGUCCACAACCCCCCUCUUCCGCUUCCUUCGCUUCUGAUUUGACGCCUUUCGAUAACUCCAACACCACCACCGCAACAGCGUCCGGAAAGUCCUCCACCCUCCGACAAAAUGCCGAUGACACCGAGGCGGGCGAGGAACAGGUCAGAGGAUCGGGCAGCUUGGGUCUAGACUUUCAGCACAGCUUUAGUGGACCAGGAUUUGUUACUCCCACACCUGGAAGUUAUAGGGGCGAAAGCUUUUUGGAGGAGGAUGUUUACCGUGGUCAUCCGAUGGCGGCACACUCCAACUCUUCCCAAUAUCCACCACCUUUGGCUCCAUCGGCAUCUGCAUACUCAUCCUAUUCAUCUCAUGCCCAUCAUACUGACACGACGGACCAAACCUUACCUCCCCGAUUUUACCGUGAUGUUGAUCCCUGGAGUCAGCAGGCCUACUUCCCCUGUCCAACUAAUCCUUUCGCUCCUGAGGUGCCACGAAUCUUCCCCUACGAAUCUGGAGGUGGUAGCGGUAGUAGCAGUAGUGGAUAUGGUCAAUACAGCACCCACGGAAUGGUCAAUCCACCUUCAAGGAAGGCCGAUCUGAGGGGAAAGAAUGGUUCGUGGCCUGGAAUUGAUAUGACCGGAUCCAGUGGUGGCAACGGAAAUGCAACUAAUGCGGGCAAUUCCACGACAACAGGAGGACAAGAAAUAUCAAAGGAGUUUUUUUACUGGCAGAAUGGAUACUACUCGGUGGAAUCAGAUUGUGAAUUUCGACAAGGUGGUGGUUUGACAUCCACACGACCUUUUGAUGGGCUGAUUUUUGACCUUGAAGAAGGAGAGUGA